GCGACGCACGCCACGCACAUUCGCGCAUUCCGCCGCCGCCGCCACCGCCACCAAAGUAAAAAUCCUCCGAUCUCAAAAGUGUCAUCGCUCCGAAUCAAGGUAUCGAUCAGCACGCGCGAAACAAACCGAUCGAUUCGGUAAUAAUUGGAUCGGAACGAUAUUCGCCACUUUGCUCUUCACAUCAUGCGCCAGCUGCGUUGGCCCGAACCGCACAUUGCGAUGCGAUGAUGUUUACAACCAGCAGCGAUCAUCUACAACAAGUGACCACCACUAAAAAUACCAACUACAAAGACACACUAUUGUUUAUGUGUGUGCAGUGUUUGUGAAAGGUGUAGAUUACUGAAGUUUUGGCAGCCAUCUUGGUUUUUUUUUAUAAUUAAUUAUCACAAUGCCGCUGUACUCGUCCGAUUUGUACUCGAGCCCUUCAAGCUCCGCCUAUGCGGGAUUGUACCUGCCCAGUGCAUACAGCAACCACUCCUCGUUGCUGUCAGGAGCAAGCAGUUAUCGGGCGCCUAUUGUUCCGAAAACAAUACCGCGUUUUCCUAGGUCUUACAAACCCCACUUGGGGACCAUUAGUGAAGCGGCUGUUAUUAGCCCCAUUCGGAAGUUUAACCCUGGUUUGCUUUUGCAACAUCAUAGUUCUCCAAAGUACAAAGCACCUCCGAAACCUAUUAAGAUCAACACGGCUGAUAUCGACGUUUCUUACAAUAAGUACAGAAAGUAUGAUCGUAAGACGCCCAUGGCAACCAGUAGCAACACAUCGGCAAUAUCAACUCCUGCGCCUACAGAAAUCAAAAGGAGUCCGGAUAAAUUAAAAUCUCCUAGUCCUCCCACAAUGGGUUUAGCUACUUCAGCUCCUAAAACUCAAGAAGUAAAUAAUGAUACUAACAAUGAAGAUUCUGGAGAGUUUAAACCUAUUAGAAGAGACAGGGCUUUAGUAAGACUUCAUACUGUACAUAAAAAAGAUUCUCCGAGGAAACAACUUCAAAAUGGGACAGAACCCAAGAGCUGGAGAGCCAAUUUUUAUGAAGAUAUGAAACAACAAGAAAAACAAAAAUUCAAGAAAUCCCCCGGGGAGAUGCUGGUAGAUAAGUUUCUUAUCCGUACAGAAGAAGAAGAGAAAAGACUUAAACAAGAAGGGCGUAAAAUACCCAGGCGGGUUUCUGUCCGAAAACCAAGUUUUCAGGAAAUAUGCAGAGUUAUUUCUUCGGAGACUAUUAAUGAGGAUUUAAACCCUGGUCAACCUGAAGAAGUUGUUCGAAGGCAGAGCAAACAACUUAGUGAAGAUCUUUUCAAACAGAUAAGACGUAAUUCUGCGGAAAUUUUGAAGGAAAAUGUUGAAAUACUUGAAGAUAUGUUACGACAAGAGAAUUUAUUAGAAGAUGAAAAUAACAACACAACUGAAAUUCUUACAGAAAUAGAAAAACCAAAAAAGAAGAAAGUUGUUAAGAAGAAGUCCAAUGAAAAGUUGGUGCUUGAUCAAGAAGGAGGAGGUAAUAAAAGUGGAUUGCAACGUCGUGGGACUGUUAAGAAAUAUAGAAGAACAUCUACAGAUAGUUCUAUCUUGAGUGAUUGUUCCCAACAUGAUGAAGAUAUGGAGAAAGCUUUCCAGGAGGCUAUCCGAGAUAUAUCACAGGUUGAGGUUGAAGAGAUUAGACAUAAACCUAAACCUAAAAUUACUGCUACUGUUGAUGUUGUAGAGAGUCCUUCAUGGAAGGCGGUUAUUGAUAAUGUGGAGAUUAUAGAAUCACCUACUACUAAGAAACCUAAAAAGUUUAAGUAUAAUGUGACUGUUGAAGAAAUUGAAGAUGCUAAGGUUCCUCCCGAGGUGCAGAGUAAUAAGCAUUUGCCUCAAAUGAAACUUGAUUUAAGUGGUAGUGCUCUGGCUAUGAAAAGAGAAAGAUCAAAAAGUCCUCAACCUCCUUUAGAGAAGAAACAGGAACAAGUUUUAACACCUGGUGAAGAAAAGAAGUUGGAUUUGAGGAAACUAUCACAACCUGGGGCUGUGUUUAACCUUAGGAUGCAUGGUAACCAAAUGGGGAAGAUAUCUGAAGAUGAAAGUCCACCUCAGAGUAUGAAAGUUGCUCCUAAAGGAUUAAAACUUGAUACAAAGGUUGAAUCUCCUAAGAAAGAUUCACCUCUUUCUAAAUUUGAAGUAGGGAAGAGUCCGUCUACGCCUAAAGUGUAUGAUAUGAAGAAAAGCCCAGGACUGGCUUCAAAAGAUGAGAAUAAAUCAGGAGAAAACUUUUGGGAGAAGAUUGGGACCAGGGAGAGUGUUAGUUUUGAUCAUAGGAAGAAACAUUUAGAAGAAAAGAGGUUAGCUAUGUUGAUUAAGGAAGAAGAUGAAGAACAGGAUGCUAAUAAUAAUAAUACUGGAGGGCCAAUUUGGGCUAGGAAGUUUGAGCCGAAACCUAAAGCUAUUGAUAAUUAUGUUACCAAGGUUAAAACUGAAGAAAAGACUCCAGUUACUCCAAUUACACCAAAAGUUGAGCAAAAAGUCACGCCUGUCACGCCAAAAAUUGAAGAGAAACCUAAAACUCCUACAUCUGCAAAGGUAGAAAGUCCUAAAGCUGUUUCAAAAAUACCUGAGGUUAAACCUAAAGUUGAAAGUCCUAAAAUUGCUCCAAACGUUGAAUCUGUGGUUAAAGAUGAAGAGGUCAAGGUUAAAGUGGAAGAGGUGAAGCCUACAGUUGAAGAACCUAAGAAGGUGGAAGUAAAACCUAAAAUUGAAGAACCUAGGAAAGUGGAAGUGAAACCAAAACUUGAAGAACCAAAGAAAGUAGAACCCAAGGCUAAAAUUGAAGAAAAACCUAAACCGUUGAAAAUUGAACCAAAAACAGAUGAUAAAUUAAAAUUAUCUGAAGUUAAUACGAAAAUUGAAGAAAAGCAAAAAGCAAUUAAAGUGCUGCAAGCUAAAGUGAAUGGAUUUCCUAAAGCUGAAGAACAAAAGGCGCCGAUUGCUGUAGAUAUCAAGCCUAAAAUCGAAGAAAAGCCUAAACAAGUAGAAGACAAAACAAAAAUUGAACCUAAACCUAAAGGUUUAAUUAAAUCUAUUUCUGUUUUGGAUGAAACAGUAGACAAACCAAAGAUUGUUGAAAAAUCUAAAUCUGUUGAAGAAUCUUUGAAGAAAGACGAACCUAAAACACCUAAAGUUGUUGAAAAUUCAAAACCUGUUGCGGCAUUAAAGAAAUUAGAAGAAAAAAUCGAACCAGUGCCAAAAGUGGUUGAAAAGAAAAUUGAAAAUGUAAAUAGUGUUAGUGCGGUGACAAAUGAGAAGGUUGAAAUUCAAGUUAAACCUAAGCUAGUAAAAGAAAAAUCGGUUCAAAAUAAAGUGGAGGUUCCUGUUGUUUCUAAACCUGUAGUGGGUAAUGUUCAACUCAAAGAUGUAAAACAAAAUGGAGAAUUGGGUAAGAUAGAUAUUCCAAAACCAAAAACACCUGAACCAAAACCUAAAAUUGAAGAGAAACCUAAAGUUGAUGUUAAGCCAAAGGUUGAAGAAAAAGUAAAACCUAACCUUACAAAACAAAAAUCAGACGAAAAACCUGCACCAAAACUAAUUCAAGAAAAACCCGAGGAAAAACUAACUCCCAAAAUAACUAAACAAAAAUCAGAAGAAAAGCCAGCACCUAAAAUAACAAAACAAACAACUGAAGAAAAACCAGUUCCUAAACUAACUAAAGAAAAAUCAGAAGAAGAAAAACAAAAACCAAAAUUAACAAAAGAAAAAUCCCAAGAAACAACAACAACAUCAAAAGCUAAACUAGCAAAACAAAAAUCAAAAGAAGAAUCACCAAAACCAGGCUCAACAGAAAAACCCACAGUAAAUAAAUUCGAACCAGCAACUCCCGAAACACCAACAGUAAAACCUCCAUCAGUCAAACCCGCCAAAAAAAUCAUCUCAAAACGUUCCCUGGUCAACAAAUCAGGCAUCGCGGAUCCAGACUUAGAAGUCUUCAAAGCACCUACUCCACCAGCAUCAGUCCGUACUCCAUCACCACCUAAAUUUGUCCCAUUACAAUCCAAUCGUAUAUCACAAUUUAUGAACCAAUAUCUUCGCCGGAAUGAGUUUGAUGAUAAAGGAGCUAAGAUUCUCUAUGCACGCCCAAAAACAAUUCGUCAUAGACACUACCCACGUCCACGUGUAACCGUAAAAGCAGAAAGCAGUGAUGAAGAAGAAGAUGAUGAUGAAGAUGAAGAAGAAUCCAGCGAAGAAGAAUCUGCAACACCUACAAAUCCAUCAACAAAUUCUACAACACCAACACCUACUAAAAAAGAAGAAAGUUCAAGUGAAGAAGAAUCUUCAGAAGAAGAUGAUGAAGAUGACGAUGAGGAUGAGGAUGAUAGUGAUGAAGAAGAUGAUGAUGUGGAUUAUGAAGCAAUGAACGACGUUUGGGGUUACGGAUCUGUGGGGGCAAGUACGUCAUCAGGCGAUUCCGGCUUUCACUCGGGCAACAAAGGCGGCAAACGCAAGGGAUGUGGGGAACGUGACUCGCCAACAUCGAAUCCGGAGCGCAACCCGGCGCUGGUGCUUGACCCCAGCGAGAUCGCCGAGGAGUUCUCACAUUCGAGUACAUUCGCAGGCUUUCAGCGUUCUGGGCGUAUCACACCACCUGCGACGACGAUACCAAAGUUCUGUAAAUACAAUGUGGAGGAUUUCAAUUUUCUCAAAGUGCUGGGAAAAGGCAGUUUCGGCAAGGUGUUACUUGCUGAAUUGAAGAACUCCGAGUACUAUUAUGCCAUUAAGUGUCUCAAGAAAGAUGUUGUCCUAGAAGACGACGAUGUGGAAUGCACAUUAAUCGAGCGGAAAGUGCUGGCAUUAGGCACAAAGCAUCCGUAUUUGUGUCAUUUAUUAUGCACUUUCCAAACAGACUCACAUUUAUUCUUCGUAAUGGAAUAUCUUAACGGCGGUGAUCUCAUGUUCCACAUUCAGGAGUGUGGCAGAUUCCAAGAGCCGAGAGCGCGUUUCUAUGCCGCUGAAAUUAUGUCCGGAUUGAAGUUUUUGCAUGGCAAAGGCAUCGUUUACAGAGAUUUAAAACUCGACAACAUUCUGCUGGAUUUCGACGGACAUGUGCGGAUAGCAGAUUUUGGCAUGUGUAAACUGCAAAUAUUCUUGGACAGAAUGGCGGACACAUUCUGCGGAACUCCGGACUACAUGGCACCGGAAAUUAUCAAAGGACAACAUUAUAACCAAAACGUCGAUUGGUGGUCAUUCGGUGUAUUAUUGUAUGAAAUGCUCAUCGGGCAGUCGCCAUUUAGCGGUUGUGACGAAGAUGAGCUUUUCUGGUCGAUAUGCAAUGAACGCCCAGUAUUGCCGCGGUUUCUCAGUCAGGAAUCCAUCAGUAUUCUCACAUUAUUAUUAGAAAAAGAUGCAACCAAAAGACUAGGAAACAAAUAUUGCGAGCAGGGUGACAUUCAGGAUCAGCCAUUCUUCCGGCCAAUUGACUGGGAGAUGCUGAGCAUGCGCCAACUCGAACCACCAUUUAAACCAGAUCUACAACAUCCUUUAGAUACAAAAUACUUCGAUCGAACAUUCACAGCCGAACGGGCGAAACUCACACCCAUCGACGCCAACAUUCUCGCUUCGAUGAACCAGGCGCAGUUCCAAGGCUUCAGUUACACGAAUCCGAACGCUACCGACAGAUAAAAUGUCCUCCAAAGAAAACCACGGUAAAAUUUGAAAUUUUUUAAAUUUGUUUCACGAAAGUGAAAACGGCGCCAUUUUGGAACCCUUUUUUGAUGAUGAAUCAAUUUUACUAAGGCUUACACAGCCUAGAAAAAGCGUGAAGCUUUAAGUGACUUAAGUGCAACAUUAAUGUGUACUUGUAUUUAAUUCAACAAUGAAACAAAACGAGUCACCAGAUGGCAAUACUUACAAAUUAAUAUCAAGUUAAACAAAAUUAGAUUUAAAUAGUUAAAUUGACAGCGGAAUAAAUUUGCAUUUUAGUUUAACGUAAAACAAAACAAUGUUUUCUAUGCAAAUUACCUAAUAAUCUUCACAAAGAAUUAAUAUAAUUAGCAAUAAAAUAUGCAACUUUAUUAAUUAUUGUAAUUUUAAAUAAUUAUAGGCUUAUACAAAGAUAUUGUAAUAUGAUUUGUAAUUAAUUCAAACGUUUGUAUAUUAUUACUAUAAUUAAUCGAUUAAAGAGCACCUUCAGGAUUAUAAGUCAA